CCUUUUGCCCAUCUGGCCGUCGACAGUCCCCCUCCCUCUUUCCUUCCGCUGGCGACCCACGCGCCGGCCGGCCGCCUCCCGCCCUCCUCUUCUUCUCGGCCGGCAGUUGGAGUGGCCGCACGCCCACCACCCGCACCGGCACGCCGCGCGCCCGCGCCCGCUCCGGACGGCCCGAGGCUCUUCCUCCUCGGCUUCUCGGCGGUUGGAGCCGCACCGCCCGCACGCGGCACGCCCACGCUGGCACGCCGCGCUCGACGCCCUAGAGCACUGUCUGGACCCCUAGUUUUGGCUAGGUAGCAAUGGGUAGACAGCAGAUGAUGCAGUCGUGCUUUUAAAGCAAUUUUUGAUCCUAGCAUUGGUGGAAUAUGUGAAUCGAAGGCAUAAUUUUCUUUCUCGGUUGUUCCCUUUUUUACAUACUGGAAGUUUCUCCAGUUAGUAUGCAGUCUGGUUCAAAGUUCGUUAAGAUUAUAGUGCCGGCUAGGAGGCUAUCAGGAUCUAUCAGUGGCACAACUGUGGGUUCUAGUAAGAAGGUAUGCGGUGCUGAAAAGCUUGCUCUGCUGGUCCAAAGCUGUGCAGAUGUUCGGUCUCUAAAGAAGCUGCAUGCUCGUGUUUUGGCACACGGGCUUGGCUGGGAUGUGAUCCUUGGGUCUAAGAUUCUUGGCUUGUAUGCACAUUUAGGUGCCUUGCCCGAUUCAAGGCUUGUUUUUCAGAGUAUUGUGAAUGGUGAUCUUGCCCUAUGGAAUUCUGCCAUGGUUGAUUAUUUCCGAGCUGGUUACGUGGAGGAAGUUAUUCUUUUGUACAGGAGGCUGAAGUUGCAUCAGUUUUGUUUGAAUGAGAAAACUAUUACAUUUGGUUUGAAGAGCUGCACUCAGCUCAGGAAUUUGUUAUUGGGCAAAGGAAUGCAUGCAGAUUCACUGAAGCUUGGCCUGAGUGGGGAUAAAUUUGUCGGUUCCUCGCUGGUUGGGUUAUACUCCAAGCUUGGCAAGAUUGAUGAUUCACAGCGAGUGUUUGAAGAGAUCUUUGAUAAGGAUAUUGUUGCUUACACUUCAAUGAUCUCUGCCUAUUCUGAUGUAGUGGAUUCAUCUGCAUGGAAUGCAUUCAAAAUUGCCAGUGAAAUGAUAAGGAAUAACUUGGAAGUAAACCGUGUGACACUAGUAAGCUUAUUGCAAGUUGCUGGGAAUUUGGAAGCCUUCCGACUGGGUAAAUCAAUGCACUGCUAUGCCAUAAGGAGAGGCAUUGGCGUCUCAGAUGAAGUCCUAGAGACAAGCCUUGUUGACAUGUAUGCUCGAUGUGGAGCUUAUCAAUUAGCAUAUGCUCUUUUGAACAAUUCAAAGGGAACCGUGGCUUCGUGGAACGCUGUGCUUUCUGGUCUUACUAGAACUCAAGAGAGUAGGGAUGCAAUCCAGUAUUUUUCUGUUAUGCUGCAUCAUCAUAAAGUAACUCCAGAUUCAGUAACCUUUGCAAAUGUGCUUUCUGCUUGUACUGAAUUAUGCUAUUGUGGCUAUGCUGCUAGUAUCCAUGCCUACUUGAUCAGAAGAACUAUAGCUGUGGAUCUUGUUUUGGCCACUGCUCUUAUCGAGGUGUACUCCAAGUGCAAAAGAGUUGUGAGAUCCAGGCAUCUCUUUGAUCAACUGACGGUUAAAGAUGCAGUCUCCUAUAACGUGAUGAUACAUGGUUAUCUGCAAAACGGCCUGGCAGAUGAAGCCACCACAUUACUCAAUGACAUGAUGAAAGAAUGUAUUGCACCAAAUUCUGCAACUGUUGUUUGCCUGCUCACAGCUUUUGCUGAUCAAAGGGAUUUAAUAAGAGGAAGGUGGAUUCACGGAUUUGCAAUUAGACAUGGCUUUUCUUCAGAUGCGGACAUUGCAAAUCAAAUUCUGCAUAUGUAUUCAAUUUGCAGAGAAAUUGUCGCAACAAAGAUUGUAUUUGACUCAUUGGAAAAGAAAAACUUGUUUUCAUGGACAGCCAUGAUGAAGGGGUACUUAUCUUUUGGGCGUGCAGAUGAGGUUGUUCAAUUAUGUCACUUAAUGCAGCAACACGGGGAGAAGCCCGAUUCUGUCACUCUUAUGUAUGCAGUUCAGGCUGUUUCUGAGCUUGGACAUCUGAAGGGUGUAAAAGAAAUUCAAUGCUUUGUUUACCAUGCCUCCAUGGAGAAAGAUACGAUUACCGCAAAUUCUUUGAUAACUGCAUAUGCUAAAUGUGGAAGGUUGGAUUUGUCAGAAGCUCUUUUCUUCAGUAUGGAACACAAAAACCUGGAUUCAUGGAAUGCGAUGAUCAGUGCUUAUGGGAUGCAUGGAUUUUAUCUUAAGGUUCUUGAAAUGUUUCAGCAAAUGGAAGAUGAAAAAAUUAAACCUGAUGAGUUAACAUUCACUUCUGUGCUUUCUGCCUGCAGUCAUGCUGGCCUUGUUAAGGAGGGUUGGUGUAUUUUUCAGUCAAUGAUUUCACUGUAUUCAGUUCAUCCACAAGAAGAGCACUAUGGUUGCAUAGUUGACUUAUUGGGUCGGGCAGGACAUUUAGAAGAAGGAUACAAAUUUAUAAAGCUAUUGUCGUUGACUGAUAAAUCAAGCAUGUAUUGUGCUCUCCUCUCUGCUUGCAAAACAUAUGGAAAUACACUGCUUGGGCAUAUUAUAAGCAAAGAGCUCCUUGAGCACGGACCACAGGACCCAGGUACUUAUGCUUUGAUUUCAGAAGUGUAUGCACAGGAAGGACAGUGGAAUGAAUCUGCUAAUUUAAGGGCUAGCGCUAACGGAAGUGAUUCGAAGAAACUUCCUGGCUCUAGUUUGAUGGAAUCAGUCUAGGAAGUAGAGAGGGUGUUUUUGAGCCCAAGCACAGAUGCUCCUGCAAUCUGGGCCGCUGGAAAUCGAGUCGAGGUCUGUAGAGGAAGGUGGAGGAAGGUGGAGUUCUUGCUGGAUCCUGUUGACAGGUAAAGUGACGCAUCAAGCUGUGCCGUAGUUCAUUUACCUCCCUAUUCAGGCAUAUCUCUUAUUCUCAGGGAGAUGCAACCAGGUUCCCCUUUCUUGAAGCGAUGGGGGAUAGUGAGACCCCAAUCGAUCCAUGUGAUACAGUCGACGCCAGCGUCGUCGGUGGAGCCGCAGCAGAGCCUUCAUCAGUAGGACUAUUGCAGAUGACGGGAGCGAUCCGCGAACAGCCGGCGAGAUUAGAAGUGGGCUCUGACUGUUGUCGUGGGAACGGCAGAAUCCAGUGUCAAAAUUCCCUGAUUGGACGAAGAGGUUAGUACUUGUUAGCGUGUGAACAAAUUCCCUGCACUGUUGUUUAGCACUGAGCUUGAUUCCGGUACUAUCUGUAUCUAGUUACAUUGAAUUUGUAAAUGUAGACGCGUCAUAUUUUCACCUCUGAACAUCUGUUUUUGUCGGCUGCAAAAUUAGAGUUGGGUCGGUUCCGCCAGACAGGACCCAUUGUCCAAGCAAAGUAGGCACCCUGGAGAAUCUACAGGGGGAUUCGCCGAGAAGAGAAAACACGACAGAAAAUGUCAUCAAACCUGCUCUUGGCACCAGCUUCAACUCCUUGAGCGAGUUUUAUGACUUUUACAAUCUUUAUUCUUGGGAGAAUUAUUUUGGAAUCAGAUACGGGAAAAGCAGGCUGAAUGUCACAGAUGACAAAAUGCAUGCAGAAAGUAGCGUGUGUUUGUGCGGUGAGGAUGUCAACAAGUAUAUGCAACAAAACUGAUCUAGGGGGUAGUUCUCUGAUGGUGCAUUUUGGUACGUUGAUUUUUUCAGGGGAAGCUGAGUGCCUAGAACACACGCUGGACAUACUGUGAUUUUGUUUUCCAGUGAUUUUGUGGACAAGUUAGAAAGAUAAGGGUAUGCGUCCAUGCUGAAAAUAUUCCUGAUGGUUGGUAGUUGGCUGACUUAAAUAUAUGUUCUGUGAACAAGGAUGCUUUUGGAGAUUCAAAUUCAUGUAUGCCAGAACUAACGAUUGAACGGGCUGUGCAGAUUGCCAUGGAAAUUAGCUGAUCUGGCACCAGAUAUGUUGAUGACAGAGCACUGGGCAGCCACUAUCCUGUGUCCUCCUCCCCUGUUAAAUGAUUAUCUGGAAAUCAGCUGGCUUCCUGAAGAGAAGUAAAAGCCUUGUUAACAUUGUUCAGAGCACAAGGAGCAGAGAAGCAACUCUGUACAAUACUGUACCUUCUUCCCCCUGAUGAUAGGAGCUCUGGUGGCAGCACAAGCAGCAGUGCAGAGGAGCAGCAGCAGUAUGGGCAAAUGAGCAGCAGCAAAUGAGCAGCAGUAUGGGCAGACGAGCAGCAGCAAACGAACAACAGUAUGGGCAGAGGAGCUCCACCGGCGGCAGGGUAGAAGCAGACGCACGGGCACGCGGGCAGGGGAGAAGGAGCAGCAGGCGCUCGCGCAGGAGAUUGAGGAGCACGCGCGGGAGAUCAAGGAGGAAGCGUGCGAGCUCCUGGUCCACCUGAUCGUUGAGGCAGGUUCCGGCAAUGCCCGUGAGGAAUUGCGGCCGGGAGGAAAUGCGGCGGCGCACGCGCGGGGCUCAAGGAGGAUGCGUGUGAGCUCGAAGAGGAUGCGCGGGAGCUCGAAGAGGACGCACGCGAGCUCGAGGAGGACGUGCCGGGAGGUUCCGACGACGCCCGCAGGUAAUCGCGGCGGGAGGGGAUCGCGGCUGCGCAGGUCUGGGUGGCGGCGGCGCAGCAGGUACUUGGCGACGGCGGCUGCGGCGGAGGUGGAGCAGGUACGUGGCGACGGCGGCGGAGCACUUCCUGCUGUGCGGCGAAUCGCGCAGCUUGGCGGCGCCGGCCCCUGGCGACGACGGAGGAAGAAGACGGGGGCGGAGGGAGUUGUUUCAGAUCGUUUUGAAACUAGGAGGUUUUUUUUGUAAAAUCACUAAUGAACUGCGCCCGCGACAUGUUUUUCGGGGUGGAGGGAGUAAUUCUGCGAACGCCCUUUUUUAAUGUGAGAAGUGCACCAUCUGGUUUUCAAAGCUUUGUGUUUUUUUGAUGAUUUAGGCUUAGCUUCACGCCUUCGUAAUUUAACUAUCGAAGGUGAACUACAAUGGACUAUUUUGAAUAUACUGUGAUUUAAAUUUCUUUC